UCCAAAAUCAAGAAAAAUAUAUGUAUUUCUGAAUCAGAGGUCAAACAAACAUAGUUUACAUCACUAGUUCAUCCCCCCUUCAUUUUUGACAAUUUUUUUCUUUUUUAGUUAAAUUUCAGAUUAGAUCAACAAUAUAUCAAUCAAUCCAUCGAUCGAUCGAUCGAUCAACCUCUCUUUCUUUCUAAUUUCUCAACAUGAAUAUGUUUCAUUUGAAGCUAUUACUAUUAAUUCUACUAUUCCAUGCAACAGAGUCAGCAUUCCCUGAUACUUAUCAAUGGAUUAGCAUUGACUGUGGAGCAGAAUCAUACACAUUGGACACUGAGACUCUGAUCAAUUGGGAGCCUGACAAUGAAUACAUUCAGACAGGAAUGAACAAGAAUGUCACACAAACAUACACAAACAUCACCAUGCAAAUGCAAAGCUUGAGAUACUUCCCACAAAGCACAAACACUCCAAACUGUUACUUUUUCAUCACUGAUGAUAUUGAGAAGUAUUUAGUAAGGGCAAGUUUCUAUUAUGGCAACUAUGAUGGCCUAAUGAAGCCACCAACCUUUGAUGUAUCAGUGAAUGGAUUCAAGUGGAUGACAGUGGUGACUUCUUCAAGCCAAGAUAAACCCAUAGUCAUCGAAGCCAUCUUUUCGCUUGGUCAUGAUUCAAUGCAAGUGUGUAUGGAAAGUACUAAAAAUGGUGAUGUUCCAUUCAUUUCAUCACUUGAGGUUGUGCAACUUCCCUUUACAACUUAUAGCAUGAUAGACUUACAAUCAGCUUUUCUUCUCCAACAAAGAGCCACAUUUGGAAGAAGAGAAGAUGUUGAGUACACCGGAGACUUCACAGGUGAUAUGUUCAACAGAAUUUGGAAAGCAGAGGGAUUUCCAAACUAUAAUAACAUCUCUUCUUCUCCUCAGUUUAUGGAAGUCUAUGUUGAGAAUGAGCCACCAAAUACUGUUGUAGAAAAUGCAAUUGAAGCAUCAAGCUUGUUUGGUCCAAUAAUCUUGUCAUUCAAUCCAAGUCAGACCAAUCAGUCAUUGUGUGCAAUCCUGUACUUUAUAGAGGUUAGCAAUUUGCGCCAAAUGAACGAUAGCCGGGAGUUUCAGAUCGACAUAGGCACGACGAAGAAUGCGUCGGCAGUGAAUCUCCAGCUGGGCAAUUCUGUUGUUGUGACUUUGUAUCAUGAAUGGGUUGAUGGUCCUGUUAAUAUAACAAUGAAAGCAGUUCAAGGUUCUUCACUGCCACCAUUGAUCAAUGCCAUGGAAGUAUACUCAACUAUGAAGAUGCAAUCCCCACCAUCUUCAGAUGCUUCAAGAGUUCUUUUAUCAUUUACUUAUUUUGUUCUUUGUUUUCUCUGUAUUUUGAUUUAAAGUGUUUGUCAUGCAAUUAAUCACUCUGUAAUUUCAAUGUUUGCAUUGGAAUAAAAAACA